AUGGAUGCUAGCCUUACUAUGUUAACUGUGGACUUCACCAAUGCCUUUAAUAUAGUUGACCGAACUUCCAUGCUCCUUGAGGUACGCAAGUUGUGUCCAUCUAUAUCGUCAUGGGUUGAAUACUUGUAUGGCCAACCUGCAAGACUAUAUAUGGGAGAUUAUUAUAUUUAUUCGUCUACAGGAGUGCAACAAGGAGACCCUUUAGGGCCAUUGUUAUUUUCUUUGGUGCUUCAUCGGCUUAUAGCAAAGAUAAAUGAGCAGUGUUCACUAUCAUUACAUGCCUGGUAUCUUGAUGAUGGUACUAUUAUUGGUGACACAGCAGAAGUGGCAAAGGCACUUGCAGUUGUUCAGACAGAAGGACCUGAGCUGGGGCUUAUAUUGAAUAUUCGAAAAACCGAAAUUUUCUGGCCUUCUUGUGAUGAACGGAGAGAUGGGAUGUUUCAUGUUGGAAUCUCAAGGCCAGAUAACGGGGUCAAACUAUUGGGUGGUGUCGUCAGUCUUGAUGUUGAGUUUGUGAAAGAACUUGCCAUUAGAAGAGCAGAGAAGGCAGUAAAUUUAAUGCAGGUUUUAUCCAAGCUCCGUGAUCCUCAGAGCGAAUUGCUACUCUUACGUGCUUGUAUGGGCAUCUCCAAGCUUAUUUUUGGGCUUCGCAUUUGCUGUCCAGAAUAUACUACAGCUGCAGUAGAUAUCUUCGAUAGAGGUUUGAGAGAGGUGGUGGAAGGUAUUGUGGUUUGUGGAGGUCCGUUUUUUGGGGAAUUCCAGUGGGGGUUAUCUACCCUGCUUAUCAGAUAUGGAGGUCUUGGUUUAUACACUGUUAUGGAGGCGUCACAAUACGCUUUUCUUGCAUCGCGGGUACAAUCCUGA